AACAAGCAACUUUCACACACACCUUAUCUUCUUCAUCCUCUUCUCCUCUACUCCCCACUCUCUUUACUCUUUACUCGUACGAACAACACUCUCCAAUGGCGGACCCAGACGAAACCAACUUAAACAGUUCUCCCAAUCCAGAAGAGGAGAACGAUGAAGAAGAAGAAGAAGAAGAAGUAGAACUCGAUGAACCCACUUCCUCAGACUCAGACUCGGACUCGGAGUCCGAAACGGGGCUCCUACCAUACACCCGGGCCGGGGGCGAACCCGACACAGACGACGAAGAAAACAACACACCCGAAGCAAAUGUGAAGCGUUUCAUGCGAGUCCUCAACUCCAAACGCAGAAAGCGUGAGCUAGAAGAGGAAGCAGAAGAAUACACUUAUCACGAGGACUUGUUUGACUUUCCGUACGACCCUGAAAAUUGGAGGGAAGAGGAUUUAAAGGAGCUUUGGGGGGAUGCUCCGAUUGAAAUGACUAAACCCGGUUGGGACCCGAAUUGGGUUGAUGAAGAAGAAGAGGAUAUUAUUAGUGAAGAAACUAGAGCGGGUCGGGACCCUCCUAUUGCCCCGUUUUAUGUUCCUUAUAGGAAACCGUUCCCUGUGGUGCCGGAUAAUAACUAUGAUAUUUCGAACCCGAAAUCUGUGAUUGAAGAGCUUGAUAGGAUUGAAGAGUUCUUGAAAUGGGUUAGCUACAUUUUUGCUGAUGGUAGCUCGUAUGAAGGCACUGUUUGGGACGAUUUGGCACAUGGAAAAGGUGUUUAUGUUGCUGAGCAAGGGCUGGUCAGGUAUGAAGGUGAAUGGCUUCAAAACAACAUGGAAGGUCAUGGAGUUGUUGAGGUUGAGAUACCCCACAUUGAACCCGUUCCAGGAUCCAAGCUUGAAGCCAAGAUGAGAGCCGAAGGCAAGAUAAUAAAGAGAGACUUCAUGUCCCCAGAAGACAGAGAAUGGCUGGAGAAGGAUAUUGAAGAUACCAUGGAGCUAACAAGCGGAGAAUAUGAAAUCCCAUUCUAUGAGAAUGGUGAAUGGGUCAGGCAAUUUGGAAAGAAACCGGAGAAGGGGCGAUAUCGCUAUGCUGGCCAAUGGAAGCAUGGGAGAAUGCACGGUUGUGGUUUAUAUGAAGUUAAUGAACGCACAAUUUAUGGUCGUUUUUAUUUUGGAGAACUUGUGAGGGAUACUUAUGGAUGUGAUGCAGAAAUUUCGGCGAUGCAUGCAGGUAUAGCUGAAGUUGCAGCUGCUAAGGCUCGGAUGUUUGUUAACAAGCCUGAUGGAAUGGUGAGAGAAGAGAGAGGUCCCUAUAGUGAUCCUCAGCAUCCAUAUUUAUAUGAAGAAGAUGAUGUGUGGAUGGCACCAGGAUUCAUCAACCAGUUUUAUGAAGUUCCUGAUUAUUGGAAAGCAUAUGUGCAUGAUGUGGAUGAAGAGAGAGAAAUGUGGUUGAACUCAUUUUACAAAGCUCCUCUGCGAUUACCUAUGCCUGCAGAGCUUGAAUAUUGGUGGUCUAAAGAUCAAAAGCCAGAAUUUAUUCUACUUAACAAGGAACCGGAGCCUGAUCCUGAAGAUCCUUCUAAACUUGUAUAUACCGAAGAUCCGGUCAUCCUGCACACUCCAACUGGAAGGAUUAUCAACUAUGUGGAAGACGAGGAACAUGGGGUACGAUUGUUUUGGCAACCUCUUGUAAAAGAGGGUGAAGAUGUUGAUCCUGAUAAGGUUGAAUUCCUUCCCCUCGGAUUUGACGAGUUUUAUGGGCGAGGUGGGGCUGUCCAAUCAGAUAACAUGUGGAAGCGGUUUGUUACCUCUAUGGAAAAUGCAUGCAAACCAAUGUUUGAGAAGCUGGAGAAAUGGGCUGAAGAGAAAAAGAAAGCAGGUGAGAUGAAGAUAGAGCUCUUGAAGAAAGAGUUUGAAUUAGCAGAAGCAGAAUUGUCUCUGAAGGAGGCAAUGGAAGACAUGGAUGACGAAUUAAAGAGAAUGCAAGAAGAGGAGGAAAAGAAAGUUGAAAUGGGAAUCCAAGAAGAGGAUGAUAUAGUGCCUUCUGAACCAACAGAUAACGUUGAGAAAACGUGGGCGGAAAAGAAGGAAGAUGAGGAGGAAGAAGAGGAGGAGGACGACGAAGAGGAGGUUACUGCAUCAAGUUUCGGGUCUGUUGACAAUCAAAGCGCAGCUAAAAGUGACAAGAAGGAUAGCAAAACCGGAAAGGCUCCAUUUGGAGCAUCUUCUUUGUCCUUUGCCGCCUGUAGCCUGGUUUCCACUGUGCCAUCUAAUUUACUGCAUACAUUUACGGCUUGGAGGGAGGGAAAGUUGAGGCCAAAGCCGUCUCCAUUGUUCACUCCAUCUAGUAUUCAUGAAUUUCCGAAGGAGCAAGAAACUCCAGGCUCAAUUAGCUUCCCUUAUGCUGUUAGCAAAAAUGGAAGAUUAAGAGCUGUGCGUCAAGCACAGUGGCCAGAGAAGUACAUCAGCAAGUCGUGUAUCAGAAGCCACUCAAAGCAGAAAGCAUCUUCACAAAUCCAAAGAUACCAAGAAGACCAAUGCUUCAACAUAUUAUCAUUGCACACACCAUUACCUUUGUAGUGAAGCUAUUUACCCUCCCUUUUCCUCUCAUUCAUUGUUAACUACUUUCAUCAAUUUUGCAGUGCUGCGGCCAAUUGUGUGCAUAUCCAUGGCAUACAUUGUUCCACCAUUGUUGGUCCUUGUACAAUGGCUUAGCCCCAUAUGCGGUUUGUCUAAGAACUAGUUGUUCCUAUUUCCUUCAUUCAUAACAUGUAUUAUUCUCAUAUUUGUUAUUCUUAUUAAAGUAGUCCAAGCUGCUUUGCAUUCAUCUGACUUUUUGGGUAGAUGAAGCUGAGCUUGUAUUGGUCAGAGCCUUAACACUUA